GCUUGGGCUCCCGGGGCCAUGUCGUGGCUUUUCGGCAUCAACAAGGGCCCCAAGGGCGAGGGCGCCGGGGCGGCGCUGCCUCUGCCGCCCACGCAGCCCGGGGCCGAGGGUGGCGGGGACCGCGGCGCAGGGGACCGCCCGGCGCCCAAGGACAAAUGGAGCAACUUCGACCCGACGGGCCUGGAGCGCGCGGCCAAGGCGGCGCGCGAGCUGGAGCACUCGCGCCACGCCAAGGAGGCACUGAGUCUGGCGCAGAUGCGGGAGCAGACACUGCAACUGGAGCAGCAGACCAAGCUGAAGGAGUAUGAAGCCGCUGUGGAGCAGCUGAAGAACGAGCAGAUCCGUGUGCAAGCUGAGGAGAGGAGGAAGACACUGAGCGAGGAGACGCGGCAGCACCAGGCCAGGGCCCAGUACCAGGACAAGUUGGCCCGGCAGCGCUACGAGGACCAGCUGAGGCAGCAGCAACUUCUCAAUGAGGAGAACUUGCGGAAGCAGGAGGAGUCUGUGCAGAAGCAGGAGGCGAUCCGACGAGCCACGGUGGAGCGGGAGAUGGAGCUGCGGCACAAGAAUGAGAUGCUACGGGUGGAGGCUGAGGCGCGUGCCCGGGCCAAGGCUGAUCGGGAGAACGCAGACAUCAUCCGUGAGCAAAUCCGCCUGAAGGCCGCGGAGCACCGCCAGACCAUCCUGGAGUCCAUCAGGACAGCGGGCACACUGUUUGGCGAGGGAUUUCGUGCCUUUGUGACUGACUGGGACAAAGUGACAGCCACGGUGGCUGGGUUGACAUUGUUGGCUAUUGGGGUCUACUCUGCCAAGAACGCCACGGCUGUGGCUGGCCGAUACAUCGAGGCCCGGCUGGGGAAGCCGUCCCUGGUAAGGGAGACAUCCCGCAUCACUGUGCUGGAGGCGCUGAAGCACCCCGUGCAGGUCAGCAGGCGGCUUCUCAGCAAGCCCCAGGACGCAUUGGAAGGCGUUGUCCUCAGCCCCAAGCUGGAGGAGCGGGUGAGAGACAUCGCGAUAGCGACAAGGAACACGAAGAAGAAUGGGAGUCUUUACCGGAACAUUCUGAUGUAUGGGCCCCCAGGUACCGGGAAGACAUUGUUUGCCAAGAAACUGGCCCUGCACUCAGGCAUGGACUACGCCAUCAUGACGGGCGGCGAUGUGGCACCCCUGGGCCGGGAGGGCGUGACUGCCAUGCAUAAGGUCUUCGACUGGGCCAACACCAGCCGGCGAGGCCUCCUGCUCUUUGUGGAUGAGGCAGACGCCUUCCUCAGGAAGCGGGCAACUGAGAAGAUCAGCGAGGACCUGAGGGCCACCCUGAAUGCGUUCCUGCACAGGACUGGUCAGCACAGCAGCAAGUUCAUGCUGGUCCUGGCUAGCAAUCAGCCUGAGCAGUUUGACUGGGCCAUCAACGACCGUAUUGACGAGAUGGUGAAUUUUACCCUGCCGCAGCUUGAGGAGCGGGAGCGCCUGGUGAGGCUGUACUUCGACAAGCACAUCCUCAAGCCAGCCACGGAGGGGAAGCAGCGCCUGAAGCUGGCCCAGUUUGACUACAGCAGGAAGUGCUCAGAGAUUGCCCAGCUGACAGAAGGCAUGUCGGGCCGGGAGAUUGCCCAACUGGCCGUGGCCUGGCAGGCUAUGGCAUAUGCGUCAGAAGACGGGGUCCUCACCGAGGCUAUGGUGGACACGCGUGUCAAGGACGCCAUCCAGCAGCACCAGCAGAAGAUGCAGUGGCUGCGCGCAGACGGCUCAGCAGACAGCGAGCCCCAGCUCUCCUGAUGCCCCUGCUGGUGGCCGGCAGAUGGACACUGUCGUGCUGAA